UUUUUCUGACACCGGGUUUAUUGUGUGAUUUAAAACUGACGGCAGCAGAGUUUGUGUUUACCGAACAUUAAAUGUUUGUGGGUAAAUUAAGUUAUAGACACUCUUAUCUGAGCUAACGUUUUAAACAGCGCAGAGAAAUUACAACAGCUGAAUAUGUUAGAAACAUUUUCUCAGUCAGAGCGUUCCGCCUUCCAGGCUUCCGUAGAUUUACACCUGGUUAUUCAUGUUUUUUUUGUCCAAACAACUGACCACAGGAUGAGUUGUGAUGAAGAAAUCCAAAGUAGCCGGAGUCUUCCUCUUCAUGGUUUGUCUGAUGGUCUAUCUGAUGUUUGUGAAGCAUCACUACUCCACCUACAAACCUGACUCCUACAGACCACCUCCACACAUCCAGCCUGGACCACAUGGGUUUGUCUCUGGUGAUGGACACAGCUUCCAGUACGGGAUCAUGUUUGACGCUGGGAGCACUGGGACCAGGGUCCACAUCUUCAGAUUCCAGAUGGACAGCAAAGGAGCUCCUAAACUGGACCACGAGAUGUUUAGAGCCAUUAAACCAGGACUAUCAGCGUAUGCUGAUGAUCCACAAAAGUGUUCUGCAGGUAUUAAGGAACUCCUGGAUGUGGCCAAGUCCAGUGUACCUCCCUCCAUGUGGACCAGAACCCCUGUGGUCCUGAAGGCCACAGCCGGUCUAAGACUGCUGCCUGGACAAAAGGCUGACCAGCUCCUGGACACAGUGAGGGUUCUGUUCCAGGAGUCCCCCUUUAUGUCCAGGGAGGACGGUGUGUCCAUCAUGGACGGAACUGAUGAAGGGAUUUCUGCUUGGAUCACCAUCAACUUCCUCACAGGUGGUCUUCACGGUGCAGACUUGCCCACUGUUGGGAUGCUGGAUUUAGGAGGGGGGUCGACUCAGAUAACCUUCAGCCCCCACCAAGAGAAAACCAUCCAGACUUCACCUGUCGACUCCAUCAGGUCCUUCCAGAUGUUCAACAAAACACACACCGUCUACACUCGCAGCUAUCUGGGUCUGGGUCUGAUGUCGGCUCGAUUUGACAUCUUAAGAGGCGUCAGGGCUCCCCCUGCCCCCCUGUGCAGCAGUCUGUCCAGCAGUCCUCCACAGAGUCCCUUCCUCUGUCUGGACCUGGUCUACAUCUCAGUCCUGCUGCAGGAGCUCGGCUUCCCCCCACACACACAGCUCAGGCUGGUGAGGACCAUCAACCAAGUGGAGACCAGCUGGGCUCUGGGGGCCACCUUCCUUUACAUUGAGUCCCUGAAGAAACACUGAGUCAAAGCACAUGCUACAUUUAUUUUGAAAGACUCUGCAAAAGAUCCUGGUCCUGAAGAAGAGCCGACCCAGAAGAAUCAGACAGGAAAACCUGAAAACACUCCGACCACUGUUCUGUUUCUAUAUUUUUGUUCCAAAGUUGACAACUAUUCUGUUUGUCGUCCUGUGAGCAGUGAAACAAUCGAAACUUUUAUUGUGGGAAGCAGAAAGUGGAGCAGAAACUCACAUCAACAAAGAAGAAACUUCAGAAAUCUGAACAGUAAUUAAAAUGAGAACUAGAAAUGAUCUGCAAAGCAGCUUCAACGUUAUAAACUUUCUUUUCCAAAGCCCAACCGGAUCUCAGGACUUCCUUUUGUUUUUAUCUAAUUCAUGACAGAUCCAAGCUCUUAUUUUGGAGAGUAUCUACGUGCCUUAUUUUGAAAUUUCAGGUUCAAACUUUUUUUUGUUUGCAUUUUGUGUUUUUCUGACUUUAAAUCCUGAAUCCUGCCAACACUGUGACUUAAUCCUGCUGAACAUCAAAGGUCUGAUUAAAUCUAAGAGGGCGGCCAUGAUGGAAACAGAAGGAAGACAAGCAUGCUGGGUCCUGUAGAAGACAGGGUCCUCGUGGUGACCACACACAUUUGAUAGAGCAGCACUUUAGGCAGAAACACACAGUAAAAAGUGAGCCUCAGACAAACAGUGUGUGUGUAAAAACUAAAGUCAGAUCUAAAAACAUACAGACCCGUGAGCAGCACCAGUUCUGAUGGUCACACAUGUUCAGUCUGAGGUUUUUACAGGGUUUAUGAAGAUAGUUCAAUACAAACCAUCACUUCCUGCCUGGAAGAUACAAUUCUGAGCUCAGAUAAAGUACAAGUCAGUGAGAGUUUGAGUGUGUGACCUCUGACCUCUGUGGUAACUGAGGGAAAACCACCAGCAGAGACAAACUAAACUAAAAUAUCCACUGGAUGGUAAAAACAGGACAGGUUGUGGAAAUAAGAAGAGUUUGAUGUUUGUUGUUUUCCAACAGUUUUUAAAACAGCUGAAAGGCUAGUGACAGACUGAAGGAUCAAAUCUGUAAAAAGGCUUCACUUAAACGGACUGUGUAGAAACUGUUAAAGAUCUGAAAACAUCAGUUUAAUCAUUGGUACAAUUAAAAGUAUUCACACCCCUUGAA